AUGGAUCACAACAUCCACCGGAAAGCCUUGCCCUACGACCAGGGAUCGGAAGAAAAGGAUGUCGAUAAGAGUGUCGAUAAGAAUGUUUGGGAUGCCCCGCCCCCUUAUGAAUUGCAUCUGGAGGGAUCUGUCCUCACAAGUUCCGCUGCCAUCACUGACGCUGGAACCAUCGACAUUAGCUUCUCGUCCAAGCACCCCGACGAGCUGAACGCCCUCUUGCCCGCGCUCCCAGAAAGCGCUUCAGCACCGUCUCCUGCGGAUCCAGCACAAUGCCCACCGUUGAACAUCGUCAUCCAGGUGGUUGGGAGUCGAGGAGACGUGCAACCAUUCAUCGCCCUUGGAAAUGCGCUACAGCGACGGAAUCACCGUGUUCGCAUAGCAACACACAAUACCUUUGCCGAUUUCGUCACUAAAUCCGGUCUGGAAUUCUACCCGAUUGGAGGAGACCCAGAAGACCUGAUAAACCCGGGUCUGAUCCCCUCCCUAGAGAGCCUUCGCGGCGGAGAUAUCUCGCGAAAACGCAAAAUGAUCCACGAAAUGCUGCAGGGGUGCUGGAAGGCUUGCGUCGAGCCUGACCCGAUAUCUGGCGAAUCCUUCGUGGCGGAUGCCAUUAUAGCAAACCCUCCAAGCUUUGCACACGUCCAUUGCGCUCAGGCCCUGGGUAUUCCCGUUCAUAUCAUGUUUACUAUGCCGUGGACGGCUACGCGGGCUUUCCCCCAUCCCCUGGCUAACCUGAAGGUCGAUUCAAUGAAUGCAAAGGCGUCCAACUACUUGAGCUAUGGUGUCGUAGACUUGAUGACCUGGCAAGGGUUAGGAGAUGUCAUCAACGGCUGGAGAGCGCACGACCUUCAACUUGAACCCCUUUCGGCUACUAUGGGCCCAGAUAUCCUCAGCAUCCUCCAAGUGCCUUACACCUAUUGCUGGUCUCCAGCGCUCGUUCCAAAGCCAAGUGACUGGGGAUCCAAUAUCGACAUCUGUGGCUUCUUUAUGCGUGACGAGCCCGCGUUCCAACCACCUGAAGAUCUAGCCAACUUCCUUGCGUUGGGGCCGCCUCCUAUCUAUGUGGGGUUCGGAAGCAUCGUCAUCCAAGAUCCGAAGGCGUAUACAGAAAUAAUCUUGGAGUCAUGUCGGCGAGCUGGCGUGAGGGUCAUUAUCUCCCGGGGUUGGAGCAAGCUUGGCGGAAAUAGCCCCAACACAGACGACGUUUUCUAUCUUGGAGACUGUCCACACGAAUGGCUCUUUAAGCGUGUAUCUGCUGUGGUUCAUCACGGCGGUGCUGGCACAACGGCAUGCGGGCUCAGCAAUGCUCGGCCAACAAUUAUUGUCCCGUUCUUUGGCGAUCAACCAUUCUGGGGUGGCGUGGUUGCCUCCAAUGGUGCCGGCCCAAAUCCAAUUCCGCACAAAUCCCUGAACGUCGACAAUCUCACGGCUGGUAUCCAAUUCGCCCUGAGUAAAGAUGCACAGGUGGCCGCGCAGGGAAUCGCUUCCAGGAUGUUGCAAGAAAAUGGUGUGGAAGCUGCAGUCAACUUCUUCCACAGUCAUUUACCCCCCUCCUCUAUGACUUGCGACCUGCUCCCGACGCGUGUGGCGCGUUGGACAUACGCGGGCAAGUCGAAGACGACCAUGAAGCUCUCUGAUGUAGCAUUGAAGGUCCUUCUUCGUGAGAAAAAGCUGAAGCGCUCGGAUAUCGAACCUUUUCGACCUCGCGAAUACGACACGGAUGUUCAACGUUGGGAUCCUCUCACAGCUGGUGCCUCAUCCACACUCGGAACUAUCACAAACUUCACUGCGUCCCUGGGAGGUACUUUUAUUGACCCAUACAAGGAGUACAAACGUGUCCGAUCAACUGGCGGCAACCAUGCAGGUCUCUCAGCUGCUGGGGCAGCUGGAAAAGGGUUUGUGGGAAUGGGCGGCGCCGUCACAAAGGGAAUGUUGGUAGAUGUGCCUCUCGCACUUACGGAAGGCCUGAGGAAUACUCCUCGACUAUAUGGGGACCACGUUGAGGACCACGGGAAAGUAAAGGAUUGGAAGAGUGGAGGCGUUGUUGCUGCCAAGAGCUUUGGAUCUGGCUUCUACCACGGAAUCACCGGAGUUGUAACUAAACCAAUGGAAGGAGCUAAGGCAGAGGGUACUAUUGGACUCUUGAAGGGAGUUGGCAAAGGAUCCCUAGGCCUCAUCACCAAGCCAGGAAGCGCGAUGUUUGGGCUCUUGGCAUAUCCAGCUGAGGGAAUCUAUAAGAGUAUUAAAACCGCCACGUCAGGAGCUGUCAAGAGGGCAAUUGAAAAGGGUCGGGCUGCACCGUUGGAAUCAGCAAAGGUGGAUGGACCGGAGUUAUCGAUGAUAUUGAAUGGAUUUGCCGCAAAAAAGACAUGA